CAGCGCUUCUCCGCAGUCUCCGGGAUGUGUUUACAUAUCUGUUGGUGUUAAAUAUCUGUCAAAAAGACCCAUACACUCAACAAGUGACAAUACGUACGCGAUUAAGCCCUAGGACGAGAAGUAUCGGUUCCAUGUGGUUUUCACGUGAAAUUUGCAAUAAGUGGAAGUGAGACUCGAACGGAGAAUUGGAUUUGGUGUGUGGUGCAGAGCUCACCUACAAACAGCUGAUUGGUCAUUCGUUGAAAGAACGGUCCGUUUAACAGAGUUUGUUCUGUUGUGAAUGACAACCUUAAGAGUAAGACAUGAGGAGACAUAUAUCGGAAGAGAAAGUGACGUCAAAAUAGAAUUCGGGAAAGGUAGAGACUUGUGAGGAUGGACCCCAUGCUUCUCAACUUGGGUAUCGCCCAGCAAGCAACCACUGCAGCAGCAGCAGUAGCAUCCUCAACGCCACCUGGAACUGGCCAAGUGAAUGGACUUCCUCAGGAAUCAAAGCUUGCUACUUACAUAAGUAACCGGCAGCAAUUAACCAACUCUCAGCAAAAUACGUCUCUCACCAAGUGUGUUGCUGCUUUGAGUUUAGAUGGCGUUGGCUCAAGGAAAGUUAGUGUGUCAUCUGUUGGGAAUAUCACAGAGUUUGUGCCAGGUGCAAGUGGAAAUUCUGGCCUUGCCCAUUCAUCCUCAACUCCAUCCUUCCAUACUUUAUCUGGCAUAGGAUCUCCUAGCCUUGCUACAUCAGCUUCACUGGGUUUUACAUCCAUGACAAGGUCAUCUCCAGGAGGCAUUGUAGCAUCUCCUCAGAGAGCAGCAUCCCCCCAAGGUUCUCCCACCAGAGGCAGACGGUCACCUCAAGUCAGUGCUACGGGUGAAGAGGCAAGUAGUGCUUCCAGUGUGCCUACCUACCACGAAAAUGUUGGAGGAACGACUUAUUUCUUCACUGCCCAAGACCAAAACUUUGCAGCUGGAGCUGCAGCACCUUCUCCAGCACCUUUUUCAGCACCACAGCCUGCAUUGGUGUUUCCACCAUUUCAUGUACUGCCGCCCACGCCUGCCCAUGUCCAUCAUCUUAGGUCUUCUAAUAAUCCACCUCAUUUUUUUAUGAGUGAUGACCUGAGACAUGAAAUAUUAGAAAGACAUGCCCUGACAAUGGCACAUAUAGAUCCUGAACAAUUUCCAGAUAUUCCACAGGAGGUUGACAUGUACCAUGAAUUAGUUCCUUUAGAGCCUCAGCAUGGCUUGAAUAAGUCUUCAAUAUUUGGGUAUGCUACCUCAGUAUAUAAGGCCACCAAUGUCAAAACAGGACUUCAUUACUGUCUCUUCCGUAUCCAUAGCUAUCGACUGAACAAUGUGAAAGUGACGCAGUUGGUGGAUUUGUGGAAGAAAUUACAACAUUCCAGUGUAGUCCAAUUACGAGAAGUGUUUACCACCAAAGCAUUCAAUGACAAUUCUAUUGUUUUCGUUUAUGAUUACCAUGCUGGUGCAGAAACCUUAGCUGCGCGUCACUUUUCUGCAGCAGCCUUGUCUGCCAAUGGCUGGGAAGGCUUGACUAAUCCUCCAGCUGUAGCUGCUGGCUCUGGAGCCAUUGAUACGCCACAACGCAACCUUCAUAAAAAUAUACAGCAUAAUUCUGGCAAUACUUUGAUACCUGAGACCAUAUUGUGGACAUAUAUUAUCCAGCUAACUGGUGCUCUUCGCGCCAUCCAUACUCAGGGAUUAGCAUGUCGCACAUUAGAUCCAUCAAAGAUAAUUUUAACUGAUGGAAAAACAAGAAUUAGAGUAAAUUGUUGUGGCAUAAUUGAUGUGUUAAACUUUGAUCCUAAUGUAGCAAAUCCUCUCGCCAACAUGCCACAGUACCAGCAAGAGGAUUUGGUAAGCCUGGGAAGGUUGAUGCUUGCUUUAGCUUGUAACUCAAUUUUGGCAGUACAAAGAGAUAAUAUACAGUCUGCUCUGGAACUUGUCAAUAGAUCAUACUCCAGGGAUUUGUCAAUGCUGGUGGUGUGUCUUCUUACUGCACAACGUAUCAAGAGCAUAAAUGAUGUAAUGCCAAUGAUUGGAGCCAGAUUUUACAAUGCUUUAGAGGCAAUCACGCAGAAGGCAGAUGUGUAUGAAGCUGAGAUUUACAAAGAAGUACACAAUGGCAGGCUUUUCCGUUUGAUAACGAAGUUGAAUACAAUUGCAGAUCGACCUGAGUUGAAUUUGGAUACUUCUUGGAGUGAAACGGGGGAUCGCUACAUGCUGAAACUCUUCCGUGAUUAUGUCUUUCAUCAGGUAACAGAUGAUGGUAGACCUUGGUUGGACUUAGGCCACGUUGUGUCUGUAUUAAAUAAGUUGGAUGCCGGCUCCCCUGAUAAGAUUUGUCUCAUGUCUCAUGAUGAGCAGAACAUCCUGGUAACAUCCUAUUCAGAGCUGAAGAGGUGUUUUGAGAGGUCUUUUAAUGAACUCUUGCAGGCUGCAUCAUCACAUAAAACUAGUUUAUCUUAGCGAGUCUGGUUUUAUUUAUUUUUCUUCUUUUGUGACGUUGCACACUAUAAGUGGAUGAAAUUUUGAGAAGUUGAUAUUGACUUUUAAUUUAAUGAGAUUGUGAAGAUGUUUUCUUAUACUGUUUUUAUCAUCUCUGGAAGUUUCUAAAUUGAAACUUCCCUAAAGGUAGACAAUAAUACGUUGAGCUGGGAUAUCUUCCCUGGAUUGUUGACCUUUAUUGAUCUCUAUGAGAUUACAGGGAAGAAUUCUUCUGUUAGAUGGUAUUAACAAGGCUAAAGCUCUGGCAGAGACCAAGUGUAGGCUACAGUUGUUCAUCUUCAUAAAAUGUUUCCAUUUUUGUGUGACACCUUCCAAAAGACAAGUUUAACAUUUUUAUUUUGCUUUUUAUGCUAUUUUGAAAUAGAAAUCUCAGUUGAUGCUCUCUUACAGUAGCAGGUGGUUUUCUUGUCUACAUCAUUAACGUCCUGAAAAAACAGAUACAAAAUCAGCUUGCCACUAAAUUACUCAACAGUGGCUAGAGAAUUUAUAGUUUCAUGUCAUAAUGAGCAAUGCCAAUUGUAUCUUGUGUAGCCUACGCAAACCUUUGAAGGGCCACUGGAAUCUGCUAAGCGAAAGGCUUUACUGAAUGGGAAAAGCUGUAACAGUCAAUGUUGAAAAUGGAUUGGAUAUGACUUGAAUAAAAAAUUUCUUAGGUAUAUUAUGGUUGUAGUAUAUAUGUGAUAUUGUUUACAAAGAAUCAUAUUUUUACCUAGUUUUAAAUUCUUUGAAAACUUGAAAUAUGAUGAAAGGGUAUCAACAGUUAAUUGAUUCUUGGAAUAAAAUACAAAUCACAAGGAUAAAAACAUUGAACCUCUUGUAGCCAUUAUUAUGGAUUUGCAGCUUUUCUUUGUUAAGUCUUCCCAUUAGCAUUUUCUCUGAAAGUUUUGCUUAGAGCUCUCUACCAAUAGUUGCAGAUGCAAAUAAAAUUAGAGUAAUGGGGAUACUAUCAUAACUUAGCGUUUAAGUUGUUUUUGUUUUAAAGAGGUCUUUGCUCAUAAUUUUCUGGUGGGUGGUUAGUGAUAUUGUUGAUAUUCCUAUAUCCAAAACCUUGAAAUUAUAUAGUGUGAUACUAAGUUUCCCUUCAAUCAAUAUUUAAUGAAGUACCCUUUAGACAAUUGAGAUUUUGAGACCUCAUGUGUAAGCCUUAUGAUUUGGUAAUUUAUUUUGGUAUAAGGAAAAAACAGGUGAAAUAAGUAGACUUUAAAAAGGAACGUAAAGUUUUCAUUUUCAAGGGAGUGUAUAACAGGGAUAUGGAGAGACAAGCUAUGGACUGACUCUUGUGAUAGCAGCCUUGGGAACUGACCACCAUUGAUAUUGAAUGGAAGUCUCAUGAAACCAUGAAAUUGACAUUCUUUUGGAAUGUUUAAACACAUUUCGGUAGAUUUAAUAGCAAAUAUAUAUUAUAUAUACUGUAUAUACAUGUGAAUUCUGUGAUAAAUACGUGGACCUCAAGUGGUUCCACUUUUAAGAAACGUGAGGUGAUGGAAACUUACCUCAGACUGUCAUUAAUUUUAUUUGUCCUAAUAUACAUUUAUUAGAUUAUAUAUUUUGAGUAUCUUAAAUUUCUUCAGUAUCAGUUAAUGCUUAGUCAAAUACUUUGCAUUAUGGUUUUUGUGUUAGCACGGUAUAUUUUAGAUUUUGGUUAGACAAUUAUCAUGGUAAACAAAGUGAAGGCAACAGAAGGUGUGGGAAAAUGGAAUGCCUGUUAUUACACUAUAAAUCUCUUCAAGAGGAAUCUGAAAAUCAUCUGUUGAUGAAAUAAACUUACUUAGUCAAAAAUUAUAACUUGCUUUUUCAAGUUAAUACUGAUAAAUAAAACCAGUAGAUUGAAAUAGAACUAAACAUAUACGUAUAUAUAUAUUUUCAUGCAGCACCACAAAAUAUUUGUACCUGUCCUUGUAUUGCAUUGUACUUAACAGAUGUAAAACAUUGUUUUUUAAGGAUGGGUUUGCAUAGCUGUUUCCUAAUUCUUUUGUAUUUUACUCUUAUUGGUCUUUAUUGUAUAAGAAAGGUAAAUACCAAAUUUUAUUUCAAAGUGAAUAUGGUGCACAGUAGUUUUAGGCAGAGUUUUCUGUGGUAUGUCAUGUGAGUAAUGAAUGACUGUGUGCUGAAUUAGGCUUAUUUUUUCACAGUAUAUGCAUAAAGAAUAUUGACCUGCAAUUCAUAUACUAGUAUUAGGAAGUUUUGAAAUAUCAGAAACAAACUAUAAGUUCAGUUAAAUCUGAUCUUGAUUAGAACGAAUGUUAAUACCUGUAAUCAUCUUAUUCUUACAGUGGAAAAAUAGGAUAUAUGAUAGAGAAUGCUGUUGCAUGUGUCAAUCUUGUGUGUUGCAUUUCAUUCAAGUUAUUUUGCCUGGUCAUUUCUUAGAGUUGUUUCAGCCAUAAUCCUCCAAAAUAAUUAAGGAGCUCCUUUACCUUAUCAUUUAUGAAAGUUACAUUCCAGUGAACUUGGCACUCUUGUAUGUGACAGUCUAUUUUUUUUUAUGUCAUUCUGGCAUUCCUGUAGCAUUUUCCUUUAGUUGUUUGUAGAUAGCAGUUGUCUUUGCUUUUAUGAAACAGGCUUGCACAUUUUAAACUAAAUUAGAAGCAUAAUUAAAAUUUUAAUUUUUGUAAACCUGAAAAUAUUAGGAAAGGUUUUAAAACAUGGUAAUGAAAAUUGAUAUAAAAAGCUGGUACUGUGCAUUAAUUAUGUAUAAAAGGAUUUUACCAAUUGAAAUUAAUGGUAAUGAAAAUCUGUAAAUACUAAUUCGUUGGAGGGAAAAUACUUCCCUUGCACUUGCAUUUUGUUGACGGUAUUUUUCAGUCACUGCACUGUGUAAUUAACAUGGCUCAAUUAGCCAUUUAGAAGUGUUAUUUUUUAUGUACAAUUUCAGGGAAAAUUUAGAGUUAAAGGAACCUCCUAACUUCUCUUGUAAAUCAUCAUCUUUUUUCCUUGUGUGAAAACUUCCAGACUUUGGUCUGGUAUCAUUUGCUGGCCAAUAAGAUAAUUACAAUCAAGUAUUAUAAUGACUUUUUGGUAAAAAAAAAUAAGCUUGGGAUGACUCAGCAUACAUUGAAUUUCUUGUCAAAUUCAGGAUAAAUAUGAUUUUACAUUAAAGCAAAUGAAAAGGCAUUUGCUUGCAUUAAUCAGAAGGUUUAUGGUAAAUUGCUUAGAAAUGGAAUGUGGAGUAGGAUAUACAUAUGUUAUAGAUAGUACUUUAAUAGUUACGAGUUUUUUUUUCCCCCCUUUUUUUCUUUUUUUUCAGAAAAUGGUUUAGUAUAAAAGUAUUCUUCAUAUGAAGCACUUGAAAUGUCUGUGGCUGUAGCUAGGAAAGACUACAAGAUAGAGGUGCAAGUAUUUAUGGGAUAAAUACAGUUUGAAUGAAAAGGGGACAUGUCUGAUGUUUGUGGAUGCUGCAGUAUUCAUUAAUAAAUGGGACAUUACAAACUUAUACAAAUGAUUUCAUCCUGUUUUUUAGAGAAUACAGUUUAAUGUGAAGAUAAGUAACAUAGCAUAGUUUUGUAGGAGUACAUGGAUGGUAGGAAAUUGGAUGUUUAAUGUAAGGGUGAAUGAUGGCGGAAUGGAAGGGACCAGCAUGUAUGAGCAUGGUUAAAUGACACUGAUAGUUGUAGAGUGAAUGUAAACUUAUUAGGUGAAGCAGGGAAGUUCAUAGGAACCUUGCAAAAUUUCUGGGAUAGAUUUAGUUUGCUUGAGAAAUGGAAAUGAAAAUGUUGAAGCAGUUGUUUAGCUGACUUUUGUUUGUGGGAACCUUAUUGUCAGUAUUAUUGAAAGAGAAACCAUGAAAACAACUGUGAUGAAACUGAUGAAACUUUUGCAUAAUAAAAGAGAGUAAGAAAUAUUGUAAUGCUGAGAUACAAGGAAGAUAUGGCAGACUAAAAGAAUGUCAUAACUAAAAACAUAAAUCAGUAUCUUUAUGGUAGUUUUAUCAAGUAGAGAGAGUAAGAAGGGUGUAUUGUAAUGAGUCAACAUAUGGGGUAUGAGGCAUAUGUUUAGCUUUAUAACAGCUGUGAAGUAUUUGAUGCCUUUUCAUGAGGUUCAUUCGUGAUUCAACAAUUAAAGAAAGAAAAUAGAGGUACUACUGCCUUUUUGAAAUAUUCUCUUUAGAAGAAAUUUGCAUGUUGGUAAAAAAUAGUCUUAUAUUUAGGAACUUAGUUUUGAGAUGCUUGUAUAUGAAAAGUAUUGACUACCUCAUGAAGAUUACAUCAGUUAUUGAAGGGUUUUAUUUCUGCAAUAUAGAAAACUACAGUAGUACUCCAAAUUUGAUGCAUAAGAUUUCAUGUGCAGUUAAGUGAUGUGAGCCAUUGUUUUUGGAUGUUGCAGUGCUACACUUGUACUCUGUAAAAAUGAUAUUUUUAUCUUAUCCCAGCAGUAAAACUUUCCUUUUUGAGCCUCCAGUACAUGGCCUUCCCCAUGUAAGAUUGGCGCAUGCCCAAACUACUUCCUUAAGUGGCAUACACAAGAAAUUUAUGCACAAAUGAUGGAAUGAUAGGAAGUGACAUUGUAAAAAUGUUUGAUGCCAUAAAAAUUGUUUCUUGGAACUACAGGUUACAAAGUUUUCAAGUUUUUUUUUUUUAAAUAUUAGCCGUUGAAUUUAGUCAUUACUGUACUGGUAAGUUUUCUUGAUCAUUUGAGCUAAAUCAGUUAUUUGAAUUAAUCAAGUUAGCCUCGUAGUCUUAAUGGGAAAGGGUGAAGUUUAGUUUACAAGAUUGCAAGCUUUGAUCACUGUGGUAUGUUGUUUACAUGGUGUGAAAUCUGGUCUUUCAAGAACAUUGAAGCAAUAAUGUUUAGUUCUGGUAUUGCUCUGUACUUAUCAAUGGCCACAUUCUCUUAUUUAAAGUAUUGGAUCUUAUGGUCUGUGACAUUUUGGAUGCAUUGUAUGAAAUUUGAUCAUUUGCAGUAUGUGAAAUAUAGAGAUAAACCACUUUUCUAAGAAAAAUGCAUAUAUGAAAUUCUGCUCCAUUAGCGUUUUGAGAAUGCUGUAUUUAUUUUCUUAUGAUGUACAUAAUGUAUGAUUUUCAGCCAGAAGAAAAAUUUAUUUUAUUUUUAGAAUAACUUUGAACUCAUGAAUAAGAUCUCAAGAGUGUGCAUUUAUCCUUUUUUUUGCAAUAUUUUUUUCACAGUAUCACAAUGAUUUAAUGCUAAGCACAAAUGUGUUGAAUGAAAACUUUUGAAAGUUUACAGCCAAAUAUCCAUUGACAUUUAUAAACCACACAAAAUUUUAUUGGUGAGUUUUAAAAGUGAAAGUUUGGCAGUGUAUUCAUUAGUCAGAUUAAAUGAUCACAUAUUUAUAGGUCAGAAAAAGAUGUAUAAUGUCAAGAGACAAGUGGGAAUACCUUUUGGAUUGUUUUUAUCAGGUUCUUUGACACAGAAGAUAAUAUAUAAUAUAGAUAUAUAAAGAAUCUCACUGUUUUAAUAGUUUUGAGGGCUAGAGAAUCUGGGUAAUGAAGGAUAUGGUUAUUAUUUUUGUCAUAUACUAUUAACAAUUUACUCCACAAAGAGUAAUGGUAAGCUUUGGUAAGCUUUUUUGAUAACCUUUAGUUUUUAUGUUAUUUAAAGUCAGAUUGAAAUUUAUUACACAUCCCUGUUUUCCAUCAUGAGCUAGUCGUGUAUUUCACACACAGUUCUUUUAAGAUUGCUAGAAAUACAGUAUGUUUUUAAGUUUCUUGAUGCGUUUAUGAAUUUUUAAUUACAAUAUAGAUCAUGCCUGUCUUGUAGCUUAACAUGUAUGAUAAAAUGAAAGUUUUACACUGUGAAGCAUGUCGUUACAUCUUGCUAUUUUGUCCAGAAGGAAUUUGGAUGCCAUCAAGGAGCUAUACAUGUUCACAAUAUAAAUUAUAAAUAUUUUAGUUCUGCUGAUAUAUUUAAAUUGGCUUCAUGCUCUAUUAGUGAUUUAUCAUUUGUGUAAAAUUAGCUUAGCCAGCUUUUAAAAAACUUGCCAUGUUUUGCAUUCAUGACUGGAAGUCCCUAAAUUAGGAUCAUGAUACAAAUUUUCAGCAUUCAGAUACAUAUGAGAUCACAAUUUAGCAUAAGUUCACAGUUCAGAAUUUUAUUCACUUUUCCCUAAUAUGACCAUUUUGGAUGCAUUAUUUUGACUUUCAGGAUUGACAUUAUUUAUGCCUGGAUAUUGAUAAUUACAAAUACACUACCGCUCACCUCUCUCCUCUCAAAAAGAGGAAAUGGCAUGGAAAAUUAAAUUGUCUGUAGACAGAGAUAAGUCUUUAGGCUGUUUUUGAAUAGACAAAUUCUUUCAUUUUGAAGUCUUUGAGACUACAUACUACUUUAUUUACAGGAUACAAAUGCUUUUCAAUUAACCUUAGUUUGCAAUUCAUUUAAUUUCUACUGAAAUUUCCCAUUUUAUUGUGCAGUUAGUAGCAUUAAUUAAGGGAUAUGAUGAAGUUAUUUUUUGUUCAUUGGAAAUUUGAAUUUUCUCUCCACCCAUAGGCAUGAAAUUUAGAAUAGCAUUUGAACCUUGCAUCUGAUUUGUUUAUGUACAUUGAAACAAAUUCUUACUUCAUUCAUUCAGAUUAUCCUGUUUAUAUCCCAAUUCUUGCUAUGUAUGAGCUGCACAAAUCUGAAAGUGUAUUAAUUUCAUUAUUCAUUCAUGAACAGUGAAAACCUGAACUCUUCUGUUCCCAUGUUACUGACAACCAUGUUCAAGAUGUUUUUGACAGUUGGGUAAGCUUAAUUGGACUUGAUUUUUAUUUUUAUUUAUUCCAAUAAUUUGUUCAUAAAUGAGACAAGGAAGGAUGCCAAACAUUCUUUUUGAAGUUUAACUUGAAGUUUUAUAAGAAUACUUAAUAAUAUGUAAUCUGAAAAGCACAAAUUCAUCAUCAAGAUUAUCUCGAUAGUUUCCCCCCCUUUCUUUUCCUUACCAUGUUUACAUUGUAAGUUCAAAGUGGUCUACAGUCAUUACUAAUAAAACAGCAAUUUUGAUUACUCAGAUUUUCAGUAGUAGUGUUACAGCUUUUGCAUUGCUGUUAUUCAUUCUUAGAAGAACUUAAUCAAAUUAUGUUAAAACUUUGUGUAAGCUGUAUAACUGUAAUAAUACUUGUCCAUGUAAGAGUACAAACCAUUCAUGUUCAUAAACAUUUAGGGUAAUCUUAUGAAGGGGAACGAAGUUCUGGAUAAAUAACCUGAUUGAUGGUUGUUCAUAAAGGUGCGGGGUAACUUCUCACACAUUGUUGCUUUUCUUGUAGUCCCUUUUUGAGUCAGAUUAUGCUUGGUUGCUGGUUGUUAGACUUAAUUUCAAUAAUUUUAUAUUUUAUCUCUCCUUUCUCCAUUUGCAGAUGUUUUAUUAAUUAUCAUAUCAGUUUGCAUUUGUUGCUUUUUUGGUGUUUUUAUAUUAUGUUCUAUUUUUACCACCAUUUCUGUAAUGUUUGUUAAGUGGGGAUUUAGGAAUUCUGUCUUGGUUUGAAUAGAAGCUUUUAAAACAAUGCUAUCAUCACUUUCAUGAUGCGUUGUGAACUCCAAAUUAUAUAUAAAAAACUAUUGGUUAUUUAUUCUUACUACAUGAGUGUAAGGCACUAAUAUAAAUCAGAAAAAAGAACCUCAUUGCAAAAGAAUUUUGGCUAGAUUAUUGGUUCUUCCAACAUAGGCCAAUUUCUUAGCAUAAUGAAUUUCAGUAAAACAUAAUAUAUGGCACAAGAUAGGAUUUUCUCCAGAACUACAGCUGCCUUUUUCUGGUUUACACAUAAGGUCAAACUUUGUAUGCAUUUGCAUUUAUCUGCAAAAUGUGCAUGUGCUUCAAAAAAUAAAAACAAACAACAAAACAUAAGAUGUAAAAGUUCACACUGCAGUUUAUACUGAAGUUCCCAAAUUUCCUUCAGUUGUAGGAUUUGUUUCCAUUUCACUUGAUAAGCAGAUCAAUUCUUUACCAAACAAUAUUACUUUUCCAGUAGUAGAACUGAGUGCAGUAAAUUUAAAAGCUCAUUUGAAGCCUUUCAGAACAAUUUCAAUAUUCUCUUGUACAGCCAACCGUUUACAUUCCACACAUAUGAAGCUGGUGUACGUAGAUGUUGAGGUAUGUUGGAUCCCUGGCUAUGUGGGCACAAAGGAAGAUAAGCAUGACAGCAAAGCAACCAAAGUUGUGUCCAAUGUGACAAGAUCAAAAUUUAUUUAUUUUUUGUUAGUGAUUAGUUAUCUUCAGCUGCUGGAUGGCAGAAUUCUUUAUUCCUAAAAGAUUGCUACAUGCACGUAAUAUGCUGCCUUGGAGUUGGUCAAGAUUGUCUGACCCAUGAGUAUCUGAUGAAUAGCCAACAUUAACCAAUCCCUAAAUGCUGAAGUAACAUUUAACUAACAACAUAUAACAAGUCUUGGAAACAAAUCUUUGAAAGAAAUGUAGGAACCGUCCUCAUUUUCAGUUUAUUGAGUUUUUGAAUUUUUUUGAAGCUGUGAUAGAUAAGAUCUAGCAUAAUUAUUAAAAACAAAACCCUUUUGGGUGAGCCGUGUGAGCAUUAAGUUGACUCAGUGGUCUGAUUAAACUCUUAAUUUAUAAUAAUGAUGAUAAUAGUAAUGUGGGUAAUAGAGACCAGCAGGAAGAAACUCAUUGAAGUAAUUUUGUCAGAAUUGGAUACUUUAUGAAUUCUCCUGCUUGACUCAGUCCCUGUAUGCAGAGAAUGCAGGUCAACAAUAGCAGUUAUGCAUGUGUGAAUAUCCAGUCUUCAACCGUCUGAGAGAGACACUCAAAUUUUGGAAAUAAAUCCAUUAAGAGAAAUUUUUAAGGAUGUUAUUUUUAUUUUGCUCUGUUAUCUAAAUUUAAUUUUUAAAGGACUGAGAGGAGGUGUUCUGUUAUCUAAGACAAGCACUUUGGGCUGGCCCAUUUGAGGUACAAAUUUUGACCUGUUGGUUUGAUUAAACUACUAAAUAAUGUUGUACUUUUAAUGACUGUAAAUGGCAAGAUUUGCAUGUAAAUCCCUAGUAAUUUUGUUGGAAUACUGAACAUUUUCAGGUUAUCUAGUCGACUUUAAAGUUGCAAGAUGUCGUGGGUUAUCUUGCAUGUUAUCUCCUAGACUCAAGUAUAUUUAGUUUUGAUAAACUGAUAAUGUUAGUAAGGAGGAGGCUACCCUCACAUAGAGGGUCAUCAUGCUAAGGUAAAGGGUCUUCACAUCUCAGGUCAUGGAGCCCUGUGAAACUUUAGCUUCCAGGGACUUAAUGACUAAGAUUCAACCACGGCUAGGUGGUUUUAACAUAAGCUAUGGAGUUCUCAUUCUAUUACUGGAGUUCAGUACACACAAUAGUAGUCUUCAGUAGUUGCCAUUCAUUGUCUCAGCUUGUCAUUCCCGUGGGUAGACACAAAAUAAUUUGAGAUUGUUUGUCAGCUUCAUCAUAGCCGUAGACAGGAAAUACCUAUGGUCUAUGGUAGCAAUUAGAGUCCUUGAAGAAGGGUUCUGAGUUGGCAGAGUAUCCUUUAACUACCAAUACUACCAUGCAGGAUGCUAGCCAAUUCUUUCUAUGCGCUUGUUUCCUUUCAAAAUUCUCAGGUUAUUGGUCAUCUUCUCUAUUGUCCACUCUUUAAACUGGUACCAUACUGGUUUCCAUUUAGUUGCCCUUAGCCUCAGUGAAAGAUGCUCAGCAUUGGAUGUUGGAACUUGGAAGAUGUACAAAUUACAGGAUUGAUCCUUCAUCAAGUGAAAAGUUAUUCAUGCAGCACUUAUUUAAAACCUCAGGUGUUCCAUGAACUAUUGGAAGAUUUUACAUUUGCAUAAGGACUUUCUCUUCAAACCUUUCAUUGUGGUGAACUCAAGCUAACUCUUCAUAUGCAAGAGAAACAAGGUUCCUAGGGACGGCUGCAGCUGUAAAUAAGGUCAUUGAAAGUUACUUAGCUGAGUGUAAAUCUUAACUUUCUUUUUAUAUGCUCCUAACACAUUCCAUCAAAGAUACUAUCUUUUCUGGCACUUACAAACUUCAAGCUCUCCUGCCAAAAGCUUUGCUCUCCACCGAGGCUCAGGUUUAACAUCCAAAUCCUUGGAAGGGCUCAUCCCCUAUAACUCCAAACAUUGUAUAAAACUAGCCAUCUCCCAAUUCUGUGAGCACUAAUUCCAGGUUUAUGAACCUUUUUCCUUAAUUUUGAGUUCUAUUCCUACAUAAGAACACUUCCAAAUUUACAAGAUUUCUUCCAGUAUUUUAAUUUGUUUCAAAAGGGAACAUAUACUUGACCAAAUUGGGAACCUUACCAGAGGCCUCUGUUGUCCUAUUAAAACUCCUCAUGAACCUUCUAAGAAAUCCUCUUCUAGCUACGUAACCUUGUUAGUCUUUCCUCUUGCCCUUCUUCAUUAAAGCAAUGAUUAUACUAUUGAAAAUAGUAAGAAGUACUUUCCAAAGAACCCUGCCAUAUAGACAGUAAUCCCUCUGACCUUUGCUUUAUUGACGAACAAUAGGACUCCCUGGCAAACUCAUGAGCAUCAUCAUUUGCUCCAUAACUUAUUACUACAUUUGUCCCAGAUUUAGGAGUUAUACUAUACUACAAUACCAGUUGCCAUCCUGUGGCUCAUUGAUCUCUGUGAAAAACUUGAAAAGCUCUCACUACUGUAUCCAGUUAGACCCCUAAUGCCUAGUAAAAGUUCAGAUCUUGUUAGUUUGAAUGGUUUAUGAUUUAGUUACCAUGUAGCCACUGACACAUCUUAAAGAGCAUCAUUUUUUUAAAUGGCCAGUCAGUAUUGUUUAGCAAUGGUUUGUUUUUUCUAUAGAAACAGUACAGGAAACGCCCUGUAUUCAUGGGGAUGUGUUCCAGUCCCCCGAGAAUAGCUAAAAUCUGCGAAUACUUAGAACCCCUCUAAAAAUGCUUAUAUGUAACUGCCUAAUUUGAUAGUUCAAACAAGGGAUACCAUCCAAAAAUGCUUAUACCUGACUCUUUUAAUAUUUUAUUGCAAAAAGUGCAUUUAGUCAUGAAAAUUUUAUGAAAAUACGGUAAUUAGUGAAAAAUUUUCACUAGAAAAUACUGUGAAUAGGCUCGUUUUCUGUGAAUAGUGUGUAUGUAUGUGCUACGCAAAAAUCCGCCAAUAGGCGAGCCAGUGAAUUAUGAGUCUGUGAAUAGGGGGGGUUGACUGUACAAUGAUUUUACAAGAAAGGGAGUUCCAAGUAAGCCGUAGUUCAUGUGAUCCUGCUUCGCUAUGAGUAAUCACCAUUAUAAGGUCAUUUUGCUGUUCAGGAUAUGAUUUGACUUGCAUAGACACACAAUGUGUUAUAUACACAAACCCAAACUAAAUUUAGUGUCUGCAACAGAUUUUUUUGUGCAGGUAGCCUUAUGUUGGACCAUAUACCUUGUAGCUGUAAAACCAGUCGUUAAUUCUUUUCAAAAUUUAUAUAUUAAACUACCCAGUAGGAGAGAAUCCUUGAAACAAUUAGUGAUGUACACAAAGCAGAGUAUUGAAAUAUAGUUCAGAAAUCAAGAGGAAAAUACUUGUGUUUUCACUAAGUUUGAUCAACUAGGAAUUGCAUUGGAACCUUGAUUUUCAUCUUCAGGAAAUGAGCACCUGCCUAAAUACUGUAAUAAAGAAGCAAGAAUAUUCAGGCUGUUAAGCAUUAUAUAUGUCUGCUUUCUAAGGGUAGAACCAGUCUUCAAGAUGUCAUGUUGCAUGGGAUAGUCAUUUGCUUUUGAUAAAGAUGUUUUGCUAAAAUUUCAGUUUUAGUUUGCCCACAUAGUACUAAUUGUAUUUACUAUUUUAUAUAGCUACAGGAUAGUACUGUCCCAAUUUCUUGUAGGGCUCAUGUUAGAAAGAUUUCUGGUUGGACAAUUUUCUGAUUAUAUUGAAUGUAAUAUGAAAAAUGUAACUUAAUCAUAGGAUUUUUGGAAGUAAAAUAGCUAUUUAGCAAUAUGACUAUAUUAUAAUUGUAACAGCUGAGACUUAAUUAUUACCUGGGCUCAAGUUCACUCUUCACUAAAUAAUUAAACAAAGUCAGCUACCUCGCUUUUUGAUAUCACUGUAAAACUUUCAUGAGGCUUCAAUUUUACUCAUUUCACUUAAUUCCCAACACUAGCUUCAGAUGAAGGGGAUUGUGUAAACUUUAUGAAAUGUUUAGCUGUCAAAGUAGCUCCAUUCAUUUCAUAAUUUUCUUAAGUACAUCAGCCAUUUUUUACAAUGUUAUCAAUUAUUUUCUUAUGUACAUCAGCAAUUUUUUAAUGUUAUCAAGUUUGUUAAGCACUGUAAAUGGCAUACUUAGACAAUACUUGCUUUGUUAAAUACUGAAUAUUUUUUGUUGGUUUGCAGGUAAUUGUGUGUUGUAGGAUGGGGAAAAUAUGUGCUAUAGUUGUUAUUGUUUGGAGAAAUGAGUCAAAUUUCAAGAUCUGGAAUAGGUCUAAAAAAGAAAUCACUGAAAUCAAAUUGGUAUUCCUCACUUUCCUGUUGAUGGUUGCAAUUAGGUAAAUUAACAUGUAAGAUAGUCAGGGGUCUAGUGUUAGAUUCCUGGACAAAAAGACUGCUAUUAAGUGAAAUCUAAUUAUUCACUUUUCUUGUGAAAUGGCUUUGUUUUGACAAUGACCAAGGGCGUUGUGAUGUUAUUAAGUCACCGUCCAUUCCCCAAGAACAUCUAAUAUAAAAUAAGGUAGGUUAGUAAACUGUAGUUCUAGAAAUGUGGCAGAAGAUCUAAAUUCCGCUGUUCGGUAAUUGAGGUUUAGAUACUGAUAGGGUUAUCAUCAUUUGAUUAUACACAAUUACAUCUCUCAGUUCUCUGACAUUGCCUGUGGAAUUGGUGUUAUUAGUUUGACUGGCUUUGGUUCACUUGGAGAUGAGAAGAAUUUGGUAAUUCACCAUAAUCCUUCCUUUAACCAGGGUCUAUGUGCCUUUUUUUUUCUCUCAUAUAUAGGAUAAAAAAAAGUUUUGAUCAAGUUACCUUUUCGAAUGAAUUUACCAGUUUUAACAGAAAGUCAUGAUUCUAAUACAGAUGUGUGAGGAAUUUCCUUGCCGCAUGCAGUUCCUUUCUUAAAAAUUUCCAUGUAAACUUUAUCGUUUUCUAUUUGACAUCUGACCCAUAAGUAAAUUGACAGGAUCAUUUAAUUUUUUAUUCUCUAUUUUAAUAUGCUUAAUGUUAGUCAUAUGUUGUGUAUUUACCCUGAUUCUUUGCACAUCUUGAAAUUGAAGAUCAGUCCUAUAGUAUUUAAUCAGAAGACAAUUGCCUUUUAAAUGAAAAUGAAGUUUUAUAUAAAAUAAACCAUCCAUGCACCUUCUGUACAAAGCUCUCCAAUGAUGCAACCUCAAAGUGUUCUGUUGGUGAAAUGUACAAUGUGCUCUAUACUUUGAGAUUCAAGUACAUAUCAGCUGUGUGAGUAUAUUGUAAAUUUGUCCUGAAAUGCAGAUUGUUACCAUUAUUUCUUUUUUAUCCAUAUUUAUGUGAGAUAUGGCUUUGAAAUAAAGUGAUGUGAAAAUUACUUUUCAUAGAGCUGUGGUGUGUCCUUCCAGAUAUUAUUGGGACAGUCAUUCAGUGGAGAUUUAAGACAGUGCCUUUGUGGCUUGGGUUCUCCAUAAAAAAGUUUUAUGUUGUGGAAAAGAGAACUAACAAUUGUGGAAAUAAGUAAAACUGGUGAGAGUGUGAUGGAACUGUGGUGGUGGAUUUUUUUAGUGACAAUGGUGAUGGACUAACUGAAGGAAGCUGAUGAACUUUUAUUGUAUGGAGCUUCCAUGGAAUAUUUCAUGCAUUGCAUUGUAUUUCAUAACCAGUGAGGUGAUGUGGAACACAUGAGAAUGACCGAUUUAUUUCAGCUUCCAGCAAAGUCAUUUUAUUGUUGAACUGGCUUCAAGUGCUCAGUGGCUUGCUAGUGCAUAGCAGAUGAUAGUUUUAGAAUUAACUGCCACUAUGUUUAUUGCAACUGUUUUAUAGUGGUGUAGUCUUUUUUUGAAGUAUUAUAACAGGUCUUUGAUAACUGGUUAACCAUGGCAAUAUUGGACCUGCUUUAAGCAUGGUGUUGAACAAGCCACUUUCUUAGAAUUCGUAUAGAGUCUGUAAUAACUAAAGGAGCCUUAUAAGGCUGUCUUACUUAAGGAAACACUCUCCAAAUUUUGAAUCCUUUAGUUAUGUCUGUAUGCUGUAUGAAUGGAUUUUAUGAUCAUUCUGCAAAGCAAAUAGUUUUAAGGUCAACCUUACCAACAGCCAGAUCAUUUUUUUCAGUUGUACGUAUGCAGGAAACAUAUGCAUUGUUAAGUGCUUUAUGAUUGUAAACUGAUAGCUAAAGAAAAGUUUUUUAUUUGGUAUGGUAUGGAGGGCUGAUGUGCGAGACAGCUUUUUUUCUGCAGUCCUCAACUUGAGUCUCUUUGUUAGCAUGUAUACUUGAAUGUGCAUGCUAAAUGAUGCCACAGGUUACAGGUACCACUUCCCUUUGACAAUACAGUCUUAGUCUAUUGUUGAUAUCCUUUUGCAGUUGAGAUUGUAGAUGAUGAGCUUUUUAUCCAUAUUUUUUUUUAUUUUAGGCAGCAUCUAUUGAUAACACCCUUGUGUUUGAUUUUAAUAUAUUGUCAUAUUUUGAAGAUUAUGAAAUUGAGAAAUACUUGUUUUGCACAAUCUAUACAGGUUAGUUAUUCAUUUUCAAAAAGUUUCUGAAUGGCAAGACAAAUGUUUUAACACUGUAACAUUAUGAAAAUUUUUAUACCAGCUGAAAAGUCUACUUAAGGUCACAAUCAAUUAUUCGUCAUUUUUGUAUCUAUUGUAUUUUUUUUUCUUUUCUUCAGUAUUGCCUAGAGUGUAUGAUGUGCUGAUUUACUCAAACUACUUAUUAUUAUGGUGAAGUAUUACUUGCUUAAUAAUUCUUUCCAGUCUUCCUUCUUCUUACCAAAUUUUCCUGUACAUUGUUUGAUGUGGCAUUUUUGUUGUUUGACUUGCGUGAAAUUAGUGCACGUAGACUAUAAAACUUAUUCUUCUUUGGGUACACUCACUUUUUGGUUCAUCAAUAAAUCUAAGGAAUCCUUAAACAAUGUCUCCCCAAUUGUUCUGCUUUCGUAAGAGCACCUGCUGAUACUGGGAUUGUUUUUCAUGUUUUACUUUGAGAAACUGUGCUUACCCAAUUUUUACAAAUAGGCCUUAACCAUGAAGUUUUGUCUUCAGAGAUUGAUUGAAUUUAGGUUUCUUGUUUUAUAAUCUGUAAAAGAUAUACAUAUUAUUAGUACAGUGGAUCCCCUCGUAUUCGUGUUCUCUGGAUUUGCGGACUCACGGAUUCGUGGAUUUCUCUCUAGAACAUUUCUCCCCAUUAUUCUCAGAAAAUUUGCCUAUUCGCUGUAUUUUUCUAUGAGAAAUAUCCGUAAAUUCCUGUUUUUUUUUAUCAAUUUCAUCAUAAAAUGUACUUUUUGUGAUAAAGCUAUUUAAAAAAAAACAGGUCUAAAAUUUUUAGUGGGUUUUUCAUGAGUUUUAAUUAACAAAAUAGGAGGUUUUAAGCAUUUUCAUAGGGGUUCCAACUAUUUGCGGGUUCUAACUAUUCACGGGGGGGGGCGGGGGUUGUCUAGUAUGCAUCUCCCCGCAAAUACGGGGGACCACUGCAUUACUGAAAUUGUUAAUUAUGGUACUCUGAAUCACAGUAUGAAAUGCAACAAUUCAUAAAAUAUAUGUGGAUCAAACAUUUAUUUGAAGUUUGCUUUGAGAGUCCAUGUAGAGCUGUAACAAAAGUAGAUUUAUAAAGCUAAAGUACUGUACCAAGUGUUUUAUAAAGAAUGCUGUCCAUGUUUUGCAGAAAUAAAAGUAAUGCUCAAGUGCUGUGACCUCAACAUUGAUAUAUACAGCAUAUCUUCAAAGCAUUAAAAGCUAUAUUUUCAAAUAGUGCAGUUUCCCAAAUAUGAAGUCACAUGAAUCAUAGACUGUUUGUUUUAGGCAAUAAGAUUAUAAGAUUACAAAUUGUUUACCUUCAGCUACAUACACUAGAACCAGAGGUACACAACACAGAGAAUACAGGAAUGAUAUCUGUUUUGAUUGCAAAGUGCAGAUGGUCUGAAGGAGAUAUAGAAGUUCCAUAGAAACCUUGUAGUGUAAAAGAAGAGGAGACUGAACUUUUGUACACCAUUGAUGUAGCUCAUUUAAUGAAUGUGUUCUAACUUAGUUAUGUUAAUGUAGCUCUGUAAAAAUUGUAGAAAAUAAUUGAAGUUUAUUUGUUGGUUAUAUUGAAAAAAUAACAAGUUUUUCUUAAAACAGCAAGCUGAUUGAUUAUUUUCAUAAGUAUCAGUGAACUAGAGGGGAAAAAAAGUGAUACAUAUCUUAGAUGAAUGUCCAAGUUUCAAUCAACAACAAAAGUUAGUUUUUGGGAAAUAAAUCCACUCAGGAAAUUUUCAGUUUAUCCAGUAAUCAGAUUUUUAUUUAAAGGACUGUAAAUUGUUGGGUCAAAUGUUAAGCCUCAUACUAAAGACAAAGCCUUUAGCCUAGUCCAGUGAGACUUAAGUGUAACUUGAUGGUUUGAUUAAACUACUUAAUAAUAAGAGAAGAGAUAAGAGCAAACUAUUGUCUCUUAUUGAAAUAGGCCAAUAUUUUUUUUAAAGUUUAGAAUUGACAUUGCAUACUGUAAUUCUCUCUUCAGAUAUUUAAGGAUGUUGCCUUGUUUUCUUCUCAGUAAUUGAAUUUACUUUGUAGGUAUUUGUUUUCUUUUCUCAGCAUUUAUUUAAUCUGUAUGCCUGCUAGGGGAUAGUUUAAGUGGUAAGAGUAUUAUAAGUCCUGUGUAUGUAGACUUAAAGUGUUAUGAGCUUUGGUUAUUUCUCAUUCUGGAUGAACUUCACAAAUAUCUAGUUUUCCCAUAUUUUCUGUACUGUUGUGUUUUAUCCAGCAUUGGCUCUCUUACAUGCUAACUAGAAAAAUAUUGUGAUUAUAAGGCAAAAGAAAACAAUGCAUCUCUUUCAUCAGACCACUACUGGAGGAUUUUUAUGUCAUUAGCUUUCAAGUUUUUGGUUGUCACAAUGGACAUGAUGAUGCUUAUUUCAGUGAACAGCUUGAUUUAAUAUUUGUUAAAUUUCUUGAUAGAUGAUAAAUGCAGUUUCAUCUCUAAGUGGAUUGUUUGCUUUAUAGUAAUGAUUGAGAAAUACUGUGUUCUUGUAAAACAUUCAUUUACACUAAAUAUUUUAUGCACCUUACUUGCAUAUUUUUUUCCUGGUGUAAUAAGCAAUGAAUAUAUGUAUGUGGUGAGUAUUGAAUCCCUGUGCUCUGGACCUACUGCUAAAGUGGAAAGUGAUAUUAUUCCAACAAUAAGAUUGUAAUGGCAGUGUUACUCAACUUGUUGCCAGUGCUAGUAUGGCUGAUUGCAAGUUUUUUAUGAGCUUCUUAUCUUUUACUUUUUUUGGAAGCUUUUGCUUGACCAAUGUGGAAAUGCUGCCUUGGACAGAAGAUUUGACUUUACAGUUUUUCUAAGAUGGCUUAUUGUUCAGGGUAUUAAGCUAUUUGGCGUCCAGUCCUAUCGCAUUAAGUGGUAAUGUAAAAUCAAUUUCAGACAAUAUGCAGUAUAUAUGACAAGUAUUAUUUUUGUGUACAGAGUUUUUCAGCCGUCUUUUUCUAUGAAACUUUCUUUGAUAGUCCGGUACAGAGAAUUAUAUUUGUUUUAUUGUGAAGACAAGAAAGCUAAUUUCCCACUGCCACUCCCCUAGAAUCCAUAUAUAUUCCAAUAAUCACUGCUUUAAAGGAAGUAUUUGUAUUAAAGGUAAUUUGCUGAUUUACUGCCUUGUAAGAUCUCCAGUGUUGCAAUAACCUUUAAUUUCAGGAUUUUAACUUGUUUGCAGUCACAUGGAGUAUCAUGAUUUCAUUUCACAUGUACUUCCAUUAUGUCUAAACUAUUUUGAUAACUGAUCACAAACUAAAGUACAAAUCUUAGCACAUCCAUACAAUUCUUGUAAUUGGUAUGUACGAAAAAUCUUGCACAGUAUAAUUUGCAGGUUAACUCCUUGAAAUAACAGUAUGUCAGACCCAAUCCCACAGAACAAACUUUUUCAUUGCUAUGUUUUGCACAAAAAUAUAAUGUACAUUUUAGUGUCUUUUUUUUUUUUUUUUUUUUAUUUGUAUAAGGAUGGGACCAUUUCUGUACUUUAGAUUUAUCAAAUUGAAAAAACUUUAUGUUUAGAUUUUGUUUUAAUAUUGGCAGCUUUUAUUACUUUAGAGAUAACACCCUCCCCGUAUGUACCUUGCAAGAUCAAUAUUAUUAGAUUUUGGUUGACAUUGCAUCAUCUGUUUUACAUUUAUGCCAGCUAUUGUUAACAUCUUAUGUCUGAACUCUGGGGCUGUAAGUGAUCACAGUACACUAUGUAAUUGUACAGCAAGCAGUACACAAUUCAGUUAUUUUGAGAGAAUAUAACUCUGAUUUAAUGGAAAUAGAUAAUAAGGCAGUGUUAAACAUAUUCCCGUAGCCUUUUCAAGAGUAAAUUUUUAAAGGUUUGUACAUUGUGGUUAGUGAGUGGUAUUUAAGUUUUUAUGGUGUUGCUCAAACCAUUACCUGAUCUCAUACCCCUCUUUAAUAUUUCUUACCUCUGAUGGGCAUAUUUCUUAGAAUUUUUGUGGUCUGAUUAUUCAUGUGUAAAGAAUCUUAAGUACAGCAAAUAGUCAACAUCUAUUUCAAGCUAGAUUUGGAAUUUCAUUUAGUAGCUCAGGUCAUGUGUCAUGCCACUGUCAAUGGCUAAUUAAUACUCAUGAAGUGUAUACUGCAAUAUUAAAGAAUAAUUGUGUAGAGCUGUGAUGUUUUACAGUUAGCUAUGAAGUGUAAAGUGGAAUGUUUAGAGGUAAUGCAAGUCAUAUAUUUUAAACGUCUUCAAUGCACGUCAUGUUGCGAUAGAAUUAGUUUUGCUUUAAACACUUAAUCCUUGUCUUAGCUAUAUCUUCCAGUGUUGGAAAGACUUAAUAAUACCAUAUGAAGGUAUCAGUUCUCAAAAUAAUUUUUUUCAUGCACAUCAUCAAUAUAGUAAAUUAAAUUGGUGUUUUAAGCUUCAAAUCCCUAAAUGAAACCGGUGAAAUUAAAAAGGUCUGUCCGAACUGUUGCCUCACAGCCCCAGUGAUUCAUAUGUAAGUUUGGUUUGUUCUGAUAAUUAACAAACCUGUACAGUUUGAGGAGGUUUUGUAAUAUACAGAUAUAUUUUUCAUUGUAUGAUUAUUAUUGUAACUAUUCGUAAAUAAAGAUGAGAAAGGUU